UUCACACAGUGUCGGCUGGUUCACACAUAAAACCAACAUCAUCCACGUAAACAGGGCAGGUUGUUUUGUUUCCAUAAACCAUGCGUCGCCUUCCCGGCUUCCUUCCUGGACCUUGUCAUUAAUUGCAGAAUUAAAUAACACUUUCCUGAGCCCGACAUCUGGAGAGCAUGAGUUCAGGAAAAGGUGUUGCUCUCCAAGCUCCCUCCAUUUAGUUGCUGACGAGAAGAUCAAAGUCGGCGGCCAUUCUUUCCAUGUCGAGCUUUUAAAGUUACAAAUUUGCGCCACACGUGCUCAGUAGGUCCUUUGUCUGCUACUGGAUAAUAGUGGGAGGACGCCGACUGCGAGAACCACCUGACUAUUAUCAGGCUCUCAGGGUUGAUUGAACCCCUUUUCAGAAUUAAAGAUGCCGGGAAAAGGGCAAUGAUCGCUCACAGCUUUCACAAAACAGCAAACAGUGCAGCUUUUUAUUCCCAUCUAAUGGCUCCAGUUUGCUGAUCCAACGAAAUAAAUGGGAUUAUUACUUAUGUGUCACAGUAUAUCUCAGCACCACUUUAUAUCAGCUGCCUCAAAGAACUUGUUCUAGGAAAGGAAACUACUCAACUGUUUGUGAAAUCAUGACAUACUGUCAUCCAGGAAAUGGAAGACAGUUAGAAAUAAUCAUGCGAUUAGGUAAGAGUCAAAAAAUGAGAUACUUCAGUGAAUGAUUUUCUUGUGAAAUAUUGCAAUCAUGACCAGCCACUUUAUCCGUUUAGAUUUUGCCAUUUUCUCUUAGACGUAGACAGGACUUUAUUGAUCCCUUUGGGGUUACUCCCUCCAGGAAAUUUACAUUUCCAGCAGCAAUAGAUGCAAGAAAGGGCAUGCAGUCAGGAAGAGCAUCACACAGAAAAAUAAAAAUAAAAAUAAAAAUAAAAAUGAAUAAAAAUAUAAAAUAAAAAUUAAACUACAUUAAAAUAGGUUAUUGCACCUUUUAAUCGUCUUGAUAAAAGUAAAGUGAAAAGAACACAACUGACACGUUUUUCUCAUUAUGAAGAAAUAAGUAGAAUCAGACCUCAAGUUAUUCAACUCUUAAACCCUCCCAGUAUACUCUGCUCGAAAUAGGCUUGCUUUCACUUUCUACGACUGCUUUCCUGCUCUGCUUCUGCCACACAGUGACAUUCCUGUAAUGAAUGAACCAUAUCAUAUUUCAGAGUCUUUUCCCCUGGCCUUCCGGACAAGCUAAUCCGUUCAUCAUCUAUUGUUGUGUUGUAUGAAAUUUUAAAUACGAUUUUUGGAUCUUGGUGCUAUUAACAGAGGUGCCAAGAUAUUGGUCAACCAUCAGUAGCUAAAGCAGUUCUAAGACAUGGAAACAAACAAACAAACAAACCCCAAGAUGCUCAAUGAAAGGCCUUUGUCUAUCGUAUUUGCUACUUGGGAAGGUGGCUUGUUACAUAAAUCCAUCUCAGUAUGUGUCAACAGUAACAGAACAAAGAAAAGCAGAUGAAAGCAUGCAACUUCUAUGACAGAUAGAAGCUGUCUACAGUGCAGAAGACUGGAGACUCUUUCUCCACCAGUGUAAUGUAAUUUCUUGCUGUGAUUAAAAACAUAUGGAGCCAAUAAUGCUGGUCUUUCGUCGACAAACCUGAAGACAAUUCUUGGUUGGUCCAGGAUUUUCUCUAUAAGCAUUUCAAUGUCCCUCUAAAUGUUGAAUAAUUGUUGUGUCAUGGAGUGGAUUAGCGUCAGGUUGUAGAUUUGUGCUUCAAAUCCGGAACCAAUACUGUGUUUUGAUUAAACCUUACUUUGCUAUCAUAGUGUCUUUCAGAGCACAAAGUUUCGGGGGGACUUACAUUUUAAUAUUAAGCGUCAGUUGGGGUGAUUUAUUGUCUGUGCAGGUUUGAGGAAACGUUACUAAGCUGGUGUGACUUCUCACCGCUGUGAAGUCAAUGGCCUCAUUCAUGGUGUCGCUGUGCGUGUUUGUGCAUGUGUGCGUGUGUGUAAGUGAAAGUCAGAGUGAGAAGACGGGUGCAGGGGGUCGUCUCAUAUUUAACCUGUAACUUGAGAAGCCGAUAACAAGGACUGGGUGAAGAAUGAGAGUGUGUGUGUUUAGCGUGUGUCCAACAUGGAGUGACUAGGAAGCUUUUGUCUCCCCUUCCUCAAGCCCCAUUCCCUCCUGAUCUCCCUGGGAAAUUCACCUCAAUAUUUUUCCUUCUCUCUUUUCGUCAUUAUUCAUAGGUCUGCGAGUUUGGGAGGAGGGUGAAAAUGAAGUGAACAAGAGGGAGGAGAAAUCCCAGGCAGCUAGAGAAAGAGGGAGAAAAAAGCUAUAACCCCUCAGCCAGACUUUCCCUGCUUAUUCAGCGCUGUGUGCUGCACUGCGCCGUUUCCACUUGUGGGAUGUUAACAUUUGCCUCUGGCUGCGCUCCUCCCCGCUCUCGGACUCACAUUAAGACAUUUUUAUGCUCAUUUUGGAGGAGGAGGAGUGAGAGCGCGGCCAGAUCUAUUAGCCCGGAGCUUAAAACACACACACUCUGCUGACAGCCUUCUCCAGCUGAGUCUUUUUCCAGAGAACGCGCUCUGCUGCUGGUGGAAAGGACAAUGCAGCACUGAAACAUCAGCUGCCAAAUCCCCCUAAAAGUGAAAGAGAUUCAAACAGGAUGGCCACCGCAGUGUUUCAGGUGUCAUCAUCCUGUGUUCCAGCAACAAACUACGAGCUGGUGGCGAGCAGUGACCUUCCCCUCAAACAUGUAGACACCAUGGGAUCGACAAAAUCCUCAAAGAGCAUCGAGUCAAGACGACGACCGUCAAGGAGCGUGAGUCUGCUGCAGGCGCUGGAGGAGAACUAUGAGCUGGACCUCAUCUACAUCACAGAGAGAAUCAUCGCCGUCUCCUUCCCCAGCAGCGUGGAGGAGCAGAGUUACGCCGCCAACCUGCGUGAGGUGGCCUCCAUGCUGCGCUCCAAACAUGGACACAACUACCUGCUUUUCAACCUCAGUGAGAAACGCUACGACAUCAGUCAGCUGAAUCCAAAGGUGCUGGACUUUGGCUGGCCGGACCAUCACGCUCCUGCUCUGGAUAAAAUCUGCAGCAUCUGCAAAGCCAUGGACACGUGGCUCAGCGCCGACAGCCACAAUGUUGUGGUGAUACACAACAAGGGCAACAGAGGGAGGACCGGUGUAGUGGUGGCCGCGUACAUGCACUACAGCAACAUCUCCGCCAGUGCCGACCAGGCUCUGGACCGAUUUGCGAUGAAGCGUUUCUAUGAAGACAAAGUGCUUCCUGUCGGUCAACCAUCGCAGAGGAGGUAUGUGGAGUACUUCAGCGGUCUGCUCUCCGGACUCAUCAAGAUCAACAACAAACCUCUGUUCCUCCACCACGUCAUCAUGCACGGCAUCCCCAACUUCGAGUCCAAAGGCGGCUGCCGUCCCUUUCUGAAAAUCUACCAGGCCAUGCAGCCCGUUUACACAUCUGGGAUCUAUAACGUCCAGGGAGACAGUCAGACCAGCAUCUGCAUCACCAUUGAACCGGGGCUUCUUCUGAAAGGAGACAUCCUGCUCAAGUGCUACCACAAGCGCUACCGUGGCUCCAGCAGAGACGUGAUCUUCCGGGUGCAGUUCCACACGUGUGCAGUUCACGACUUGGGGAUUGUUUUUGGGAAAGAUGAACUGGACGAGACGUUCAAGGAUGAAAGAUUCCCAGAAUAUGGAAAAGUGGAGUUUAUAUUUUCGUUCGGUCCGGAGAAGAUUCAUGGUCAAGGUAUGGAUCAGCUGGAGAACGGGCCGAGCGUAUCGGUGGACUACAACACCCAGGACCCCCUGAUCCGCUGGGACUCUUACGAAAACUUUAACCAGACCUGCGAGGACUCCACAGACGAUGUCAUUCACACACAGGGCCCGCUGGAUGGUAGCCUUUACGCCAAAGUCCGCAAAAAGGAAUCUGUCGAAGGAGCCGUCACAGUAAAUGGACUUCCUCCGACGGCCAUUGAACAUUCCCUGCCGGCGGUCGACCACGCCCUGUCUGUGAGCAGCGACUCAGGGAAUUCAACGGCUUCCAUUAAAACUGACCGAACGGAUGAAGUAGCAGCAGCGGCGGCCUCACAGAGCAACACCACCAGCCAGACACAUGUCCCCGUAAACAGCGAUCCUACAGCAGGGCGCCAACAAACCCCAGCUGCUCCUCAGCCGAUCAGUCCGCAGGAGAAGCAGGAGCUGGAGCAGCUGCUGAGUGGGCUCGAGGGGCCCAUGCACCAACACGGCUACCUUUCCUCACCAUCAUCUGCCGUCGGCGGGAUGCUUCACCUGGUGCCCGCCCAGGUCCACGUCAACGGUCACAGCAGUCUUGACCGUGAAACUGAUAUUUUGGAUGACGAACUUCCAGCAAGUCACGAAGGCAACAGUGUGGACAGUCUGGGGACAUUCUCCUCCACCGAAGGUCGAGCCACACCUGCUGAGCUCUACUACCAGUCUGAGUCGGUCAUUAACGGCCAGGAUUUACCGUAUCUUGAGCGCAGUUUUCCAGAAAAAACAUUGGAAACAGUUCAGACACCAGUGCGCUCUCCUGACAAACAAGUCAUCAUGAGCCAAAGUGAAUCUGCUCCCUCUGGGAAUUACCUUGCCCAUCAGAAUGGCAGUAUGCACCGCUCACGGUCGUUCGGUGCCGAGCCACAGUUGAUGCCACCGGCACCAACGCGUACAACCAGCAGCAGGGAAGCGGUUCAACGUGGUCUUAACGUAUGGCAACGAUUCGGCGUACCGGAAGAACCUGUAACUGAAGGAGUUACUUUUAGCCCGCCUCCGUCGAUGCCCGUGUUGCCGAGCCACCACAGCCUGCCGCAGUUUCCUCAUCGCCACAGCGCCUCCCAACAAGAAAUCGAACAGUCAAUCGAAACCCUUAAUCUCCUCAUGAUGGACCUAGAACCCAGUCGCUCACGUGUGCCAAAGUCCCAGAGUGCACCAGUGAGAGAGGAGAACGUGGUCACAAUACAGCCGUCCUUCUCCCAGAACCAAAGUAGACCCUUGGGUGAAGCCCACUUAUCCGGGCACAUGAUACCAGCUCAGAUGCCAACCAGUAAGUCAAGUACCCCAGAGACUGCAAUUCAGGGAUUACAUUCAACCGGGACCACAGCAUCGCUACAAGCAACCACAGUUGUACCCAGCCACUUCCAACACAAACCCGGAUACUCAUCAAGCUCCUCACCUCAGACCACUGAAGUCUCGGAGCCCCAGCAACGGGAUUGCGAACCAGAUGAGGUGUUCAACGUCGAAGGCCUGGUGGCUCAAAGAGUAGCGGAAUACUCGGCUCGAGCUCAGAGUGUCGUUCCAAACACUUCUCAGUCCGAGCCCCGUCGCUCUCACUCCACCUCUGGAGUCCAGGCUCGAACGUUGUCGUUGGAUGAGCCAGCGACUUGCCAACGCGUCAACAGUGACAGCCAGUUUCAGAACGGUCCUGACGACGCCGCUGAUGUCCCACUUCGCUCCCCGAUUCGCUGCGUCUCUCCAGAAUUCGUCAACGCCAUCGCCUUGAACCCAGGAGGGCGACCCAAAGAGAGGCACAUGCACAGCUACCGCGAGGCCUUCGAGGAGCUGGACGGUGGACCUGUCAGCCCAACUGCCACAGUUGGUGGUGAGGUGUCUCCCAAAACCCCUGCCUUUCCCAUCUCGCCACAAACCCCUUACCUCAACCUGUGUCGGUCUCCUCCCGGCCUUGCCAAGACUCCACUGUCUGCGCUCGGACUGAAACCUCAUAACCCUGCGGAAAUCCACCUCAAUCAAACCGGCUCGGACGAUGAGAGCAGUGAACCAGAGGCAGCUCCAAGAAGCUAUGUGCAGUCUGUUGCACGUUCAGCAACGGUUGGAGAUGCACCAACCUUUCCUCAGAGUCAGAGUCCACCAGGGGAGCCUUCAGCGCCGCCCUUGUCCAGCAGUAGCCCCAUCCAGUCACUGCAGGGCGAUCAACCAGCCGCUGAGAGCAGCGUGAGCACUCCGUCCCAACCCACUACUGAUUCUGGCUUCCGCUCCCACACAGCUGACAGCUCCUACCCCACUCCAACUCCAACUCCAUCGUACCAAGCGCCCACUACUCCCACAUCGUCCUAUCUGGACUCCAGUUCUCCAACCUCCUCGUACCUUGACACCACCACACCUCUGUCUUCCUAUGUUGGCCACACUGCUCAACCCAGGAGCUAUAUCACCACAGACUCUACGAUGCCCAAUUCAGAACUGUCCCAGUUGAGUCACGGCAGUCCCCGUGCACAGCACCGGAUGAACAUUCUGAGCUCCCCGUAUAACACCGUCCUUCAGCAGCACCCCAGUACUCCUCAGGAUAGUUCCUUCAUUGGUCAGCAGACAGCACCAGCUAAUGGUUUUGAGGGCUGUGUCAUGGGGCUGAAUGGUAGUCCAAUUCUCAGUCGCGGUUUGUCUCAAGGAGUCCAAAGUAACAGAGUUCUGAACAGACAAGGAUCUUUCGGACAGGAGUCCCAGAGAAGUCCAGUCCUCAGCAGACAGCCGUCGCUCGGCCAACCCUUGCAAGGCAGCCCAGUACUCAGUCGACAGCCAUCUCUGGGGCACCCCCAAGGAAGCCCAGUGUUGGGGCGUCACCCAUCCGUAUCACAAGUGUCGCAGAGAAGCCCAAGCUUGGACCGCCACCCCAUGCACAGUGGCUAUACCACACCAGAUGAGAGGCAUGGUAACCUGUCCCGCCAGAGCAGCUCCUCCGGCUACCAGGGACCACCAACACCGUCAUUCCCCAUAUCUCCUGCUGGCUACCAGGAUGGAAUGACCAUGGGUAUGGUGUUCAGACAAGGGAGUCCCGCUCCUGUUUUUCAGCCACAGCUCCCGGAGAAAAGACGCAUGUCAAGCGGCGACAGACCAAAUGGAAUGCUGUCGUACAGCUCACUCAAUGGGAAGAUGAUGUCUCCCACGCUGAGCUACUUCCACACCCUCUCUGACUUCUCCAGGUUCAACAUGUCUGAUGGAAGUCCUGAGAGCAGGUUAAAUGUCAAGUUUGUCCAAGACACGUCCAAGUUCUGGUACAAGCCGGAUAUAUCCAGGGAGCAAGCAAUCAACAUGUUGAGAGAGCGUGAGCCUGGAGCCUUUGUUAUUCGGGACAGCCACUCUUUCAGGGGAGCUUAUGGUCUGGCUAUGAAGGUGGCGUCCCCCCCGCCCACCGUGCACCCGAGCAAGAAAGGUGACAUCACCAAUGAACUGGUGCGCCACUUCCUGAUCGAGAGCAGCCCAAAAGGAGUGAAGCUGAAGGGCUGUCCCAACGAACCCUACUUCGGCUGUCUGUCGGCGCUGGUCUACCAACAUGCCAUUACACCACUGGCCCUGCCCUGCAAGCUGCUCAUCCCCACGACCGACCUGAUCGAGGAAGCGCCCGAGGUGGCGACGACCAAUCCUGUGGUGGAGCGGCUGAAACAAGGAGCAGCAUGCAACGUGUUCUACAUCAACUCCGUUGAGAUGGAGUCGCUGACGGGACCUCAGGCAGUGGCCAAGGCCAUAUCGGAGACUUUGGGCGCCGCCUCUGCUCCGGCCGCCACCGUCGUGCACUUCAAGGUGUCGUCACAAGGCAUCACGCUGACCGACAACCAGAGGAAGCUGUUCUUCCGGCGCCACUACCCUGGCAACACUGUCACCUUCUGUGAUCUGGACCCUCAGGACAGGAAGUGGAGCAAAGCUGACGGUGGUGCAGCCAAGUUGUUUGGUUUCGUGGCGCGUAAACAGGGAAGCACAACCGACAACGUGAGCCACCUCUUCGCUGAGAUGGAUCCCGACCAGCCCGCCAGCGCCAUCGUCAGCUUCGUGUCCAAAAUGAUCGCCGCGCAAAAACGAUGAGCCUUCAAAUCAAAAACACCCUGGCGCUUUAAAAAAAAAACAAAAAAACAAAAAAACAAACCCGCCUUGGGUUGGUUUCUCUUCCUUUAAAAACCACGGACCUCGCUGGGCAGUUGAUGCUUCACCUUAGUGCGUCGAGUGUGUGUGCUGCUUGCAUGUGCUUUUCUUCUCGGACGGACUCAAGAGCGGACAAGAGGAAGUGAAGGAAGGGGCGCGGCUCUGUGCGGAAGAGGAUCAGGAGGACCGGUGGGAUCUCCCUGGUAGGGUAGCACAUGUGUGCAGAUGUUUUUAUUAAGUUCAACUUUUAUUUUUGUAAAAGAAGAAGUCACGUUGUUUGGAUGUAACAGUGGAUUGUAAAUCUUAUCAGGCUUUGACUCGGCAACCAAAGAUGACUAGUUUUCAAAGAAGCAAAAAAAAAAAAGAAAAAAAAACGAGGCUGCUUCAUCCAAAAUACUGUGUCUCUCUGUAUGUGCUGAAACCUUAGGUCAAUAGUGCUCCACCGAGAUGUGUAAAUACUGGCUUCCUGAGUAGGACUGUUAGAAGACAAUAGUGCCUGACGUACGGCUCCUGAAUAUGCAAACACUUGGUUCAUCCUGAAGAGAACACAGACGUGCGCUUGAACUGCUGAUGAUUUCAUAACCACAUCUUCAUCGGGGCGGCGUCCACACGACCGGGUUUUUAAGCUGAUUCUCUUUGAUUUGGAAAUGUCACAUGAUCCCAGCACCCAACCAUGGCAUGGAUGUUAAAUGCAUUUUCUUUAAGCUUCACUGGGGCCUUUGUGAAUGCACAACAUUAGCAUGGACAUUUUGUAGUGGCUUUCUAGAACUGUACUUUGAAAUUGGCCCUGUAGCUCACAGCACACUGUCAACCAGGACAGUCGGAACUGAGCAUCAAACCGUAGCCUCAGUUUUCCUCUCCUCAAGCAGCAUUUUCUCUGUGUAAUCGAACAUCAUGUGACCUCGUUUUUUUUGUUUCGCAGCAGUCAAUAACACGCCGACCACAACACUCACACCCUUCCUGAAAGUAAGCUAUCCAUAUAAAUAAACAUAUAUAGAUCUAUAAAUAUAUAUAUAUAUUAAAACUUCCAGUGACUUAAGAUAUUUAUUUUUGUUGCUUUGUUGCUCUAUGCUAUCGUGUAUACAUGUAUUAUAAAGGUAUACUUUACUGAACACAAGAAGAUGGCGUUUUAUUUUGGCUAAAGUGCGUCGACAUAUAAAAGGUGUCAAAUGUGUAUCACUGCUGUUUUUGAAUGUUUUCUUUCACAGCCUUCUCGCCUUUGUUAACUUCUUUUUUUUUUUUUUGUAAGAGACGAGAUAUAUUUUGUCUUGAAAGAUUGUGGUUUAAUUGUCCAAAUUGGAAGUGUAGUUUUAUGUACGAGGAAAUAGCUGAACAUGAAAACAAAAGGUCAAUGUUAGCACUUAAAUGUCAAAAUGUUUGUGUGUGUGUGUGUGUGCGUGCGUGCGCGCGUGUGUUUUUCCCCAUCACGUCAGAACUGCAUGUGUGACUUGCUCGAUGAAUCAGAUGUACUAAAACAUCCCGCUUGAUUGAAGCACGCUGAAACAGAAAUAUAUGAAUUAAAAGAAAAAAAAAAUCCAAAUCACACAUGUCAGAUGUUCAAAAGAAACAGAGCACUUAAAAGGGCUUUUUUUUAAACUAAAUUAUUUAUUAAACGAAGCUGCAUGCCGACCUAAACACUGCUUACUGUGGACUCAAAAACGUUUGGAAAAUGUUUCCAAAACUAGAUUAAAACUUGUUUUUUUUUUUACUGUUCAUAUGGAGAAUUCUUUCCUGGCGCUGAAACCAGGACACUGGCCUGAGGAGACUCUAUAGGUCCUGAGAAUGGCAAACCACAUACAGCCAGGCAGAGCAGAGAGUGCCAUCUAGUGGGCUCUGAACAUGAGGACACUUUUGACCCCCUGCCAAAGAUCCACUGAGCUUCAUACUUUCAAACCUAACUCUUGUUUUCCAUCUAUAAAAGGGGCCCCUCCAUUGGCAAUGAGAUGCCACUACUACUCCAGGUAGACGUAGCCAGGGAAGAACAUUCAACUUGUUCAUUCCCAUUUAAAUAUAUAUAAAAAUUUCCUGUUUCCCGCUGGUCAAACAAUUUCACAUUCCAUUACCGGGGCUCUUAAGGGGUCAAUUCUCCAUAUGAAAUAUUGUAAAAAUACAUCAACAACCUUCUUUUUUUUCCUGUGCAUUGAUUAUGUAAAGCAGAUUGAUCAUUACCAGCAUAAAAAGAGCGGUUCAUUUUGGACGCAGCUGAAGAGUGUUUUCCCUUCAAAGUGCUCCAGAGGACGCGGAACACUGUCGCGCGUUCUGUGUACACGGAGGGGACUUUUUGACUAUGGAAUGUGUGUAAGCAAGUGACGAUGCCUGUACAGAGCUUCGACCUUUCAUUUCCGAUCACUACGUUGUAUGGCUUUUUAUAUUUCUGUUGAACAAAAAUCACAUUAAAACAGUACAAAUUAAAAUAACAAAAGUCUGGUUUA